AUGCGUGCGUGUCUGUCACUCUUCUUUUGUGCGUGUCUGUCACUCUUCUUUUGUACAUGUGCGUGCACGUCUCUCUCUCUCUCUCUUGGAUGUGUACGCGCGUGUCUCUCUCUGUUGUAUAUGUGCGCGUGGUGCGUGUCUCUCUCUUUUGUAUAUGUGCGCGUGGUGCGUCUUGGAAUUGGUAAAAAGAAAUUGGCUACAUUGAAUUUAAUAAAGAAAACAGAUAUUUUCGUGUUCUCUCUUUCUGUGUGCACUCUCUCUGUCAAAUAUUUCCACCCUCUCUCUCUGUCACAUAUCUCCACCCUCUCUCUCUGUCACAUAUCUCCUCUUUCUCUCUCUGUCACAUAUCUCCACUCUCUCUCUCUCUGUCACAUAUCUCCUCUCUCUCUCUGUCACAUAUCUCCUCUCUCUCUCUGUCACAUAUCUCCUCUCUCUCUCUGUCACAUAUCUCCUCUCUCUCUCUGUCACAUAUCUCCUCUCUCUCUCUCUCUCUGUGUCACAUAUCUCCACUCUCUCUCUCUGUGUCACAUAUCUCCACUCUCUCUCUCUGUGUGUCACAUAUCUCCCUCUCUCUCUCUGUGUCACAUAUCUCCUCUCUCUCUCUGUGUCACAUAUCUCCUCUCUCUCUCUCUCUCUGUGUCACAUAUCUCCCUCUCUCUCUCUCUGUGUCACAUAUCUCCUCUCUCUCUCUCUCUCUGUGUCACAUAUCUCCCUCUCUCUCUCUCUCUGUGUCACAUAUCUCCCUCUCUCUCUCUCUCUGUGUCACAUAUCUCCCUCUCUCUCUCUCUGUGUCACAUAUCUCCACUCUCUCUCUCUCUGUGUCACAUAUCUACACUCUCUCUCUCUCUGUGUCACAUAUCUACACUCUCUCUCUCUCUGUGUCACAUAUCUCCACUCUCUCUCUCUCUGUCACAUAUCUCCACUCUUACUCUCUCUCAUAAUCUCCACGCUCACCUUCCUAUUCUCAGCUCUCUCUCUCUCACAUAUUCCCCCUCUCUCUCUCUCUCUCCAUAUUCCCACUCUGUUUCCUAUUCUCUCUCUCUCUCUGUGUCACAUAUCUCCCUCUCUCUCUCUCUCUGUGUCAUAUCUCCACUCUCUCUCUCUCUCUGUGUCACAUAUCUCCUCUCUCUCUCUCUGUGUGUAUCUCCCUCUCUCUCUCUCUCUCUGUGUCACAUAUCUCCCUCUCUCUCUCUCUGUGUCACAUAUCUCCCUCUCUCUCUCUCUGUGUCACAUAUCUCCACUCUCUCUCUCUGUGUCACAUAUCUCCACUCUCUCUCUCUGUGUCACAUAUCUCCACUCUCUCUCUCUGUGUCACAUAUCUCCACUCUCUCUCUCUCUGUGUCACAUAUCUCCACUCUCUCUCUCUCUGUGUCACAUAUCUCCACUCUCUCUCUCUCUCUCUCUGUCACAUAUCUCCACUCUCUCAUCUCACUCUCUCUCAUAAUCUCCACGCUCACCUUCCCCCCAUUCUCAGCUCUCUCUCCUCCACAUAUUCCCACUCUGUUUCAUAUCUCCACUCUCUCUCUCUGUGUCACAUAUCUCCACUCUCUCUCUCUCUCUGUGUCACAUAUCUCCACUCUCUCUCUCUCUCUGUGUCACAUAUCUCCACUCUCUCUCUCUCUGUGUCACAUAUCUCCACUCUCUCUCUCUCUGUGUCACAUAUCUCCACUCUCUCUCUCUGUGUCACAUAUCUCCACUCUCUCUCUCUGUGUCACAUAUCUCCACUCUCUCUCUCUCUGUGUCACAUAUCUCCACUCUCUCUCUCUCUCUCUCUGUCACAUAUCUCCACUCUUACUCUCUCAUAAUCUCCACGCUCACCUUCCUAUUCUCAGCUCUCUCUCUCUCCCACAUAUUCCCGCUCUCUCUCUCUCUCAUAUAUUCCCACUCUGUUUCAUAUUACCACUCUCUCUCUCUGUCUCUGUGUUACAUAUUCCCACUUUGUUAUAUGUCUCUCUCUCUCUUAUACUACCUCCUCUCUCUUUCUCUCAUAUUGUCCCCACUCUCAUCCCCCUCUCUUUUUCUCCCCUCUCUCUCCCCACUCUAUCUACUCUUAUACGUUUCAGUGCUGGUCGAUUCUCCUCCAGCAGGAAAAAUGAUACUGCAGGAACAUCAGGUGAAUCUCCCUCAAAAUUUUCCAAAGCCAGCUGCAUCCCUCAAGCAACCAACCCAAACCGAGAUGGGACUUCAUCACUUCACGCUCGACUAUCAUCACGAGCCCACCAGGAUAGCACAUCAGGCAAAAUCGAUUCUUCAUCCUCUGGCGAUCAUAAACAGAACCGCUUAACCAGUGACCCAAAUCUCUCUUCUCCACGUCGAAAAGUUACUGAGGACUCAGCUGCUAAAAGAGAUUCUUCACACAUUGGUCAAAGAUCUUUGGGCCGCGGAACAUCUGAAAGUCCAUCUAGAUCUUCACAAGAUUCUGAUGGCGGUUCUCCUUCGAACAUUCCUCUACGGGCAUCAUACAGGAGAGGUUUAGAAGGGGAUAAAAAUAGCGACCUUGGGGGUAGCCGCAUGCUGCGAAGUAGCGGCCGUCUCAAAACUAGCUCUGGAAGAGUUGGCAUCAGUUCUUCAGAGUCUGUAGAUAAUGCUCCUACAAGAAUUCCAAAAGAUUCAAAAUUGUCUUCUCAGAAGGGUCUCUCAACCAAUUCAGAAGUCACUACUACAAAUGCUCCCUCUUUUCUGCCAAAUAAAAGUGAAAAGUUUCUCAAAGACAAAACAUCCCCAGAUGGUUUCAGGGAACCAUCACCUACCAAAGAUUCUCCUCAAGAAGUUGAAUCUUCAAAUUUGAUGAUUAAUUUAAAAAAGGCAAAUAAAAGUGAAGACAUAGCAAAAGCACCGUCACCACCAAAAACAAUGGAUAUCACUUCCACAAAACAAGCAUUUGAUCGAUGCGGUAUUAAAUACAAUUCUUGUAGGUCGCGAAUUCCCACUCCAAACUCACCGUCUGGUUCUCGUAAGGGAUCAGAAUCACCUGUACGUCAAAAGCUUUCAUCUCAUAGCUUUUCGGGUUCCAGAACGACAGAAUCGGGCAAUGCAAACAACAAUGAGACAGAUUCUUCCAAGAAUAACGUUGAGAGUCGGGCGGAUAGAAUUGCACGUUAUAAAGAUCUUCGACGAAGGGAGCUGGCUUCAAAGAUCAAAUCAAAGUUAGAUCCUGAAACUGAACCAGAAACAGUUGCUAGUACAAAGAACUUGGAUGCAGAUAAAAGUAAGAUUGUUAAAGAGGCUGAAGUUGCAUCUUCAACAGCCGUUAAAGCAAGCGCCACUCGCUCUGCCACAGCUGAUUCUACAAAGAUCAUAUGUGGCAUGAAGGUGUCAAAGAACAUUGCAGAAAGAGCAAAGAAACGACAAGAACGAAUGCUGCGAAACAGUCAGCAUCUAUCAGCUGAACUUAUUGGAAGGCGUGCUAAAAUAAGUGCUGUGUGUUCACGAACAGACACACCAGAAAGCAGUGAUCCUCAAAUGACAAUCCUUGAUACAAAAGCUGAUUCUUCGACAUUUGACAUGCAGUUUGCCACUUCACAAAGUAAGUCACAGCUUCAGCCAUCUUCUUUGCAAGACAUGGAAUCUUUAAGUCCAAGCUCGUUGUCACUUAGUGAUAAUGAUAAAGACUCUAUGUACCAACAAUUAACAUCAGAAUCAUCGGAUGUUAGCCCAGAAGAUAAAAGAUUAAGUUUAACCGAAUUGGAGUCUCUCCCAGAGAUCACAUCCUUGGAUGAGUUAGAUUUAAAUAUAGAUGAGGAAGUGGCUGUCAGUGAGAAAAAGUUGUGUUUCUCACAAUUAAGUCCGCCUCUUGAGGUUGUUUCUAAUCUAGAAUUGUCUACAGAAAAAACUGUUUUGAAGAUGAAACCAGAAUCUAUAUAUUUCUCCAAAACUGUACCCCAGGAAGGUAAACAUACUGUUGUUGAAGAGAAAUCUUUGAAUCUGUCAGUUGAUCAAGAGAAUAAAUCACCAGUUACCUCCCCUUAUAACAUUUUGUCCUCUUUGGACAAAAGAGUUGAAAAAGUCAAAUCUCCUCUUGCCAGUAGUAACCAUGAUUCUGGGAAUUCCAAUGUUUUUCCUGGUAGUAACAAAAGAGAUGCUACCAAUGUGGAAGCUGGUAGUUGUGAUUUCCUUUCAAAAUCCUCAAUUAAAAUCUCUCAAGCAAAAGACGUUUCCUCCAGCUAUGCCACUUCUGGUACCAAGUCAACAUUUCAAAUGUCGAAACCUAAUGAUAAACAUGUCGAUGUAGUUCCUGACAUACAAGCAGAGGAACAAUUUUCUAUGCCUCCCGAGAAAGUGCGUUCCAGACCACCUCCCAGCACGGUUCUUUACACAAAGAAGCUUUUAGAAUCUGGUAACGUGAAAAAGGACCAAAAACGAAUAGACUAUGACUUACAGAAAGAACUUGACUGGCUUGAGCACAGAAAAUACCAAUAUGCUGAUGAAAGCAAUGUAGAGAAAGAGAAAAAGCUUUCGGUUCUAGAAAUGGUAAAGGCAGCAGAAGGUAAGACAGAUAAUGAAGAAGAGAAACCCCGAAGACCACUUGGUCGGACGAUGAGCGAAGCUAGAGGAAAAGAUGCGGCCCAGUCCAGAAGGGAGAUCCUUGCUACUAGAAUAUCCAGCCUGGGACGUACCCGGUCAUUUGGUAUGGGCCCAGUCAAAAAACCAGAUACUUCAACCAGUCUUGACCAACAGAAAACUGUUUUGUCUCCAAUUAAGGAUAAUAAUCUUGAUGAGCUGUUAAUGAAGAAUGUUGCUUAUCUGGACGAUGAAAAUCUACCAAAGGAACCAUUAGUAAGGAGUUUACAUCCAGGGGAGAGUUUAAAGCUAAGGAAAUCUUUGAGGAAGAAGAAAGUAGCCAAACUCUCAAGCUUGCCAGAGAAAGGAAUGUCUGAAGACAAUAGGUAG